AUGACUGAUAAUAUUAAACUUCAUCCUCGUCUUGGCUAUUCUGUGAAUUUUGGGUGUAUUAUUGGAUCUACUUUCUUACUUGAACAAACUCACAUUGAAAAUUAUAAUGAAGUAAAAUUGAUAAUUCAAAAUAUAAUUUCAAAUAAUGCAAUUGCAAAACAAGUUUAUUUAUAUUUACUUCAAGUAACAGCAGAUAUUGUGGUUAAUUCUAAUUUAAUUGAUAUUUGUGAUGAUAAUAUUGAGAAAGAUUUAAGGGAUGCAUAUCUUGAGCUAUCUUUUUUAUUAUCAGAUACAACUUCUUUAAAUAGUCAGGAUUUAGAAUCAAAUGAAAACUUUGAUACUGGUGUUACUAAAUCUGGGACUUUGAAUAUUUUUAUCUGGUUAAUUUACGAAGAAAUCAUGAAGCCUAUAAUAGUCAACAUAUGGAGUAAAAAACAAUUCGUAAAACUCAACAAUUUAAUUAUACAAAUUUAA